UUAUCAUCAUGCAUAUCAUGCAGCGCAGCUAUCAUGGUAGCCCCACCCAUGCUUGCAAACUCCACCCAUCUCCAUUGCAAAUAAAUGAAAUAAUGUAUUCCUUGCUCUCGCUUCUCUCUUCUCUCUCCUUACUACUGUUCCUCCCGUGGACUAAUGGAGUGGAGGGACAGUCUAAGGAGAGCCUAGAAGAAGAGGAAGAGGAUCUGGUACCCCUUGUAAUAUGGCCUGGAAUGGGUGAUAGUUGUUGCUAUGUUUUUGGUGCUGCUGGUUAUAAAGGAGUCAUAGAGAGGAUGCUACCAGGACUGUAUGUGAAGAUAAUAUCGUUUGGACAGACUGCACAAGAAGAUUCAUACAACAGUUUCUUUCUCAAUUCUAAUAAACAGGUUGAACUAGCUUGUGAUUUACUAUCAUCAGAUGAGAUGUUAGCUAAUGGUUUUAAUGCAAUGGGUUUCUCUCAGGGAUCACAAUUCCUGAGGGCACUGAUCCAGAGGUGUGGGCGUAUCAAAGUAUACAAUCUAAUAUCAGUAGCAGGCCAGCAUCAGGGAGUGUAUGGGUUCCCAUUCUGUCUAGGAGAGACCAGCUGGUUCUGUGAUUUAUUCAGACAGUUCCUAAGCAUUGGAGUGUACCUCACCAUAUUUCAAGACAAUAUAGUCCAAGCUUCAUAUUGGCAUGAUCCUCAUGAUGAAGAAAGCUAUCAAUUGGAUUCACUCUUUCUCUCUGAUAUCAAUCAAGAAGUGGUCUUUAAUCCAGCAUAUAAGGAGAGGCUUUCCAGUAUCAGUAACUUUCUAUUGAUAAAGUUUGAGACUGACAUGAUGGUCCAGCCAAGAGAGACACAAUGGUUUGGAUUCUAUAAACCUGGUCAAGCUGUAGAAACCUACUCAUUAUUUGAAAGCAGAAUCUUCACUAAAGAUCUAUUAGGAUUACAAUACCUCAAUGGUUCAGGGCGUCUUCAUUUCCUUAGCUCUCCAAACGGUCACACAUUACUCACAUACGAAUGGCUAGACUCAUACAUUCUCCCAUUCGUUAACACGACCUUCUCCAAAUCUCACUUACCGGUCAACAUAAGCCCACACUCUACAUCUACUAGUACUUACAGCUCCAUAAAAUCAACCACUAAUAGCAAUAAAGUUAUAACAAACGUGCAAAGACCAACUUCCAUUCACGUCACUUCUGACGGCCAUGUUUUUGUCUUGAGUCGUCACGACAAUGCAAUUCAUCGAUUUGACUCAAAUGGGGAGCCAUUAGGCCACUUAGGACCACUACCAAACAAGAGAGAACUCCGUGGCAUAGCAGCUUAUGAUAAUACCCUUUAUGCAGUUGACGAAGAGAGUAAUAUACAUGCAUAUGCCAUGAACGAUGGUCAAUACACUGGUAUCAUAUACAGGACUAUGGGUGGUUCCAAUUCCACUUCACUCCAAUGCAUUAGUAUUGACAAUGAUGGACUUAUAUACAUUAGUGAAUCAAGAGAGUCUAUACACGUUAUAUCAAGGGACGGUUCUUCAUUGAAAAACCUUAGCAAUAUCGGGACUCACCCACAUAAGAUAGUAUUUGACUCGGACGGUCAUAUACGAUUCACUAAUGAGAAGGAUAAGAGUAUUUAUGUUCUAUCAAAAACCGGUCGCUUAUUACACAAAUACCCAACCCACCUCUCUUAUCCUAGCGGGCUCUUUGUUGAUUCUAAUGAUAAUAUGAUGGUCGCUGAUAGGGAGGGCGGGGUUAGGGUUUUUAACGAGAAAGGUUUCCACAUUCACGACAUCGGAGGUUUUGAAGGCUGUGAGGACAUGAAGGUCUCGGCUAGUGGGGCGGAGCUAUGGGUCAGUGAUACGAAAGCUGACAGGAUUUACAUGUUUAAAUUAUAGGAUGCAAUAGUACGUGUACACGUUUUAUUAUGAACUAUGAGAUUCAAUUUUUAAUUCUUUUAUUUAUUAAAAUAAUAAUAAUUUUUAAAGCUA